GACAAAGUCACCGAUCCCGCUGAGAAGCAGGCGGCUUCAGAUAAAUUCCACAAGAUCCAAAGUGCCUACGAGAUUCUGAUCGAUGAGAGCCGCCGGGAACGAUACGAUGCCCAGGCAAAACUGGCCGAACUGAGGAGGGAGGCUAUGGCUCGCCAGCCUGAGGGGAGGUCUCGAGGCUCGGAAGCACGAACGACAUCUUUUAAGCCCGAGCCGCCGAGGAGCGCGUACGCUUCGCGUGGGGAACGGGUCGUGCCCCAAUUCGAAGAGCGAAGACCAGCAUACGCGUCGGAUUACUUCGAUUCCCAGCCACGAGCUACCUCCCGCAAAGAGCCAGAAUACGCGGAGCGAACCUCGUCGCGGCGCACCGAGACCAAGGAGAAACCACGCCUCUUCACGCGGUCUACCAAAGAUAAUGACAAGGAACGUCGCAGAGAGAAGAAUCGUCAAAAUGAGCGAGAUGUACGGAGGGAACGUGAGCGAAAGCGUGAACCGUACGUGGAAGAUGAGUCGGAAAGCGAAGCGGACGAGUAUGACUGGAGGUCACGUCGUAUGCGUGAGGAUGAGGAAGCUCGUCGUGCCAGAGACGCAUAUCACAAUCAAGUUCCACGAACGCACCGCGAACCGGAAGAGUCCUACUACGACGAGCGUGCCCGCAAGAUGGCUGACCACACUGCCGACGCUCGUGACUACAUCAUGUCUUCUCGAGGCGGUGUGCGUCCCAGGACAGAGGAGCGCCGACCCUCACCUGUACGCAUGGCCUCCUCUCGAGACAGAGUGCAGUACAUCAAGCGCGACGAUGGCCGACCAGCUUAUAUGAUGCGACGUGCUUCAGACAAGCCCCCGAAGGAGACCAAGGAGGAGAAGAAAAAGGAGAAGGAGUCGAGCCGAAAAACAACGUCUCGCACACCAGAACGCCGGUCAAGCGCGGAGAAGGUCGACGAGCGCAGGCCCCCUCCACUGAACACUUCCAAGUCAUCCCCGGCUGACAUUCAUAUCCCGAGCGAGAAACAGCGUGCAUAUUCCCUCCAGCCGGAUUCCGCAGCGAUGCCGCCCCCACCACCACCGGCCAAGCGCUCCGAAACCAUGCCCUACAAGGCUUCGUCCAGGCGUGCGGAGAACGUGCAGCCCAAGACUGAAUCGACCCCAAUGACCUCUCCUGACAACCAGGCUCCACCGCAAUCCAAGUUCCCGUACGCCAGGCAGCAGUACGCUGACGAUAUUGACUACAACAUGUCAGAAGGAUAUCGUGCUCCAAACCAGCCUGAUCGUGCUCGACCUGGAAAUGCAAAACGGGUGACACGGAGCCCUUCGCCUAUGAACGAGGCACCACGGGAUUCCGCGCGAGAGACUACGUCACGAUCUCGAGAAUCAACAUAUGAUUCGAUUCCUCGUGUACGCGAGCCCACUCGAGACUCGCCCGUACGAGAACCCGUCCAGAGGUCUCGCGAGGCUCGCGAACCUGCGCGAGAAGAUUAUUUCAGAGAUGCGCGCGAUCCUCGUCUGUCUGCUCAUCGUACAGCUUCUGCGAGAUAUCCCGAUCGGUCCCAAGCUGCACCAGCCCGCACCACGAGUUAUGUCUAUACACCGGGCGGCGUGGAGCCACUACCGACACGCCCACCUCUCUCGCGAGAAAAUUCACCUCGUGACACCGGUCUGUAUUAUGGCGAGAUCCCAACCACUCGCCCAUCUCAUCAACGCUCCGCGACGGAAGAUGUCAGCAGAUUUCCGAGGCCGAUCCGACCAGAAAAUAUCAAAAUUCAAAGCGGCUACGGCUACUCACCUCGACCCAGCACCGAUCGACCUCAGGUCAGCCGCAACAACAGUGGUGGUGUCUAUCAUCAACAACAACAACCGGUUCGAGCCUGAUUGGGGUUCGGCGGAUAUCAAAUUUCUAAAUUCUCGUCGGCGUUGCAUGGAACACAGAACAUAGAAGGCAUCGAGGCAUUUUUGACGAAUCACGAUGACGAAAAUGUGCAUAUUACAACCCAGGUCGCGAGGUCUCACGAAGAACCUGUCUGCGUUGGGCAAUUCAGUUAGGUAGUCUAUGUCGGGCUAAGGUUAGGAUAGAAAUGAGCUGCGAAGAGAUAGCUCAUGAAUUAUUACGCUCUGUAAUCAGAAGAAUGUAUUUUCUUCUGCUCCUACGAUCCGGCGAGUAACGACGAGUGUACAGGUGAGCUGUGGUCCAACAGGUGGGUCCCAGACAACU